GCCAUGCCGUCGGCAGGAUUGGAGAUACUAGGAGUGACGCUAGCCGUCCUAGGUUGGAUCUUAGGCCUGACAUCCUGCGUAUUGCCCAUGUGGCGAGUAUCGGCGUUUAUCGGCGUCAACAUCGUGACGGCGCAGACCAUCUGGGAGGGUAUCUGGAUGAACUGCGUGGUGCAGAGCACGGGCCAGAUGCAGUGUAAACUCCACGAUUCUAUGCUAGCUCUCAGCGGCGACCUACAGGCCGCCCGGGCUCUCACCGUCAUCUCCAUUGUGGUGGGCCUGACGGGCCACUUGGUGGCUAUGAUGGGGGCCAAAUGCACCAAUUGCGUGGAGGAUGAGCGCGCCAAAGCUCGGGUGAUGAUCGGUGCCGGAGCGGCGUUCGUUUUGGCGUCUUUGACCCAACUCAUUCCGGUGUCGUGGUCUGCUAAUGCUAUCAUCUCGGAGUUCUACAAUCCCAUCAUCCCCGAAGCCCAGAAGAGGGAGAUUGGGGCGGCUCUGUACGCCGGGUGGGCGUCCGCCGCCUUCUUGCUUCUCGGCGGAGCCAUCCUCUGCUCCAGCUGCCCGCCUGAGCCCGAGAAGAGGUACGGGCCCCCGUCCAAGAUUAUAUAUCCGCCGAGCAGAUCCAUCCCCGUGAGCGGCUACGAGCAGAAAAACUACGUGUAA